AUGAGUGUUCAAUCAAAACUCCUCGAAGUGGCGCUCGAUCCGGAUAAGAGGAGAAAGUACGCAAUUGGAGCACUAGUGGCGCUUGGAGUGACAGCGUUUGGAGCGACGCUUUUGCACAAAAAAAAGAAACAAUGGAGAGCAAAAAAUUUGGUGAAAAAAUCGGGCAAAGGAUCAGGACAGAAGAAUCCGUAUCGAUCGAGACGGGCUCUCGACCCGGAGUUCAUCGCUCAGCUUCGAGCACUGAUCAAGAUAAUGGUGCCGGGUUUCUUCACGAAAGAGGCCGCAUACUUGGGUCUUCACUCGAUCAUUCUUGUCGCUCGAACAUUUCUCUCGAUCUACGUCGCCUCACUUGAGGGACGAAUCGUGAAAGCCAUCGUUCAACAGAAAGGUGUCGUCUUUGCCCUGUUAUUGGUGCGUUGGUUGGGAGUGGCCAUCCCAGCAACACUCAUCAAUUCAUUGAUUCGUUUCUUCGAAUCACUUCUCUCAUUGGCUUUCCGUACUAGGCUCACACAACAUGCCUACAAGCAUUAUUUUAUGAAUGAAACCUACUACAAAGUGUCAAAUUUGGACGGAAGAUUGACGAACGCGGAUCAAUGUCUGACCGAGGAUGUCUCCGUUUUUGCACAAUCGGUUGCUCAUCUCUAUUCGCAUCUCACAAAACCGUUGCUCGACAUUGCACUCAUCACCGGAACCCUGAUCGCAAUGGCGCACAAGCGAUCCGCCUCAAAACACACAUUUUUGCCGAUGGCUCUCGCCGGGAUUGUGAUCGGCGGAACAGCACAAGUGCUCAAGGGGAUUUCACCGAGAUUCGGCGCUAUGGUUGCCGAGGAGGCUAAGAGAAAGGGACAUCUACGGUAUCUUCACUCAAGAGUGAUCACAAAUUCCGAAGAGAUUGCUUUCUAUGGCGGACAUCAGGCCGAAGAACAACAACUAUCAACAGCUUUCGAGAGCCUCAAAAAGCAAUCAAUGUUAAUCUACAAGAAGCGAAUUUUUUAUAUUAUGAUGGAGCAAUUCUUGAUGAAAUAUGUUUGGUCAGCGACCGGAAUGGUGAUGAUCGCUUUGCCCAUCUUGCACUCACAAUAUCUUGGAUCGGAUGAGAAAGUGAAACUUUCCGAUUUGCCCGAUGGUGGUGUGAGUGAGCGAACGAAGGGUUUUUCGACCGCUAAACAUCUCCUCUACCAAUCAGCCGACGCCACAGAGAGGCUUAUGAGCUCGUACAAAGAAGUGACAGAGUUGCAAGGGUACACAAGCCGAGUGCAUGAAAUGUUCAAAGUUUUCGAGGACGCGAAAAAGAAUCGUUUCGAGAAAACGAAAGUAAACGUCGAUAAUGAAGGUCAUCAUCAGGGGCAACGAUUUGACACGACGAAAAUUCUGGGUGAAAUCGAGGAAACCAUUGAUGGAACGAUUUCCCUUCAGGGUGUGCCGAUUGUCACUCCAAAUGGAGAUAUCGUUGUAAGAGAGAUGAAUUUACAGCUAAACCGUGAAAUGCAUUUGUUGAUCACUGGGCCGAAUGGUUGCGGGAAAUCGUCGCUGUUCCGAGUGCUCGGCGGUUUAUGGCCAUUGUAUAGAGGCCACUUGAGGAGACCACACAAAAUGGCGAUGUACUACAUUCCGCAGCGACCCUAUAUGACACUAGGAACGCUCAGAGAUCAGGUGAUCUACCCGGACACAGCGACGCAAAUGCGCAAGAAAGAGAUCACCGAUCGAGAUUUGGCGAAAAUUUUAGAGAUCGUUCAUUUGAAUCACGUUGUGCAACGGGAAGGAGGUUGGAACGCGCGAAACGAUUGGAUGGACGUUUUGUCGGGCGGUGAAAAGCAGCGAAUGGGUUUAGCGAGGAUAUUCUAUCAUCGGCCUCAAUGGGCCCUUCUCGACGAGUGUACAUCGGCUGUUUCGAUUGAUGUCGAAGGGGAAAUCUACCAAGCGGUGAAAGAUCACGGUAUUUCUCUCUUAACCGUCACACAUCGUCCCUCAUUGUGGAAAUUCCACACUCACGUCCUCCAAUACGAUGGUCUGGGUGGCUACGUGUUGAACGAGUUGAGUGCCGAAGAGCGCCUUUCUUUGGAAGAAGAAAGGAAAGAUUUGGAGAGGAGGAUUCACGAAUUGCCCAAAUUGCAGACAAGAUUGCAAGAGAUUAAUCAGGUGCUCACAACCGAUGCCGAUGAUCUUUUCCCAUUGGAAACGAGUGAUGGAAGCGAGGAAGAUCACAAA